UGUCCCGGCCAGAGUGGAUCUGUCUGAGGUGCCGCAGAGGGGCGGUCGGCUGUUUGGAGCCAUGACGGAGUGGACACUGCUGAAGAGGCUCCUGGAUGCUGUGCACCAGCAUUCCACGCUGGUGGGGCGUCUCUGGCUAACCGUGAUGGUGACCUUCCGCCUGCUGGUGGUAGCCGUGGCCGCGGAGGACGUGUACGCCGACGAGCGGGAGAUGUUCGCCUGUGACACUCUGCAGCCGGGCUGCCCCAACGUCUGCUACGACGCCUUUGCGCCCAUCUCGCAGCCGCGCUUCUGGGCCUUCCACGUCAUCGCCGUGUCGACGCCAUCGCUCUGCUUUGUCGUCUAUACCUGGCACAGCCUGGCCAAGGAGACGCCGGUGGGGCAGGGGGCCGGGGAUGUGAGUGGUCGGAGCUGUGACUCUGACAGUUGCUCGGGCGGGGUCCACAGGCACCCGGGCUGCAGCCGGGCCGACGUGUUCGAGGAUGUCCGGAAGGGCAUGCCCACGACCUGCUCUGCUACUGGCCGAGAGUGUGCAGGAGGAGGCUCGUCGGGAGUUCUGUCAAAAGUCUAUGUCUGCCAUGUGGUUUUCCGGGCCGCGCUGGAGGUGGGUUUCCUGGCAGUGCAAUGGGUGCUCUUUGGCUUCCGCGUCCCGGCUCAUUUCAUGUGCGUGGUGCCACCUUGCACGCAGCGGGUAGACUGCUACGUGUCUCGGCCCACCGAAAAGACCAUCUUCCUCGUCUUCAUGUUCUGCGUGGGGGUCUUGUGCAUCUUCCUCAAUUUCCUGGAGCUCAACCAUCUGGGCUGGAAGAAGAUCAGGAUGUCCAUGCGCAUGAAGGAAGACUCUUGGAGGGCUCACGCAGGAAUAAAACAGGAUGGCCGAUCCUUAGUCUCGCUGAAUUUCAGAGAUGUGACCAGCACCGCUUCCCUGCCCACGCUGGACCUGAUGGUGGACCACAGAGCAGACUGGACCUGCACCGGGAACUUCUCCCCACUCAAAGAGGGACGAGAGGACUCGCCACAGACAGCCACUUAUGAGGCCACAAAGCCAGCAAGAGGGAAAACACAAUCUCCCAAAGGAACAGGGUCCAAACUAAGAGUUUCUGAGGUCUGGAUAUAACAUCUCUUCAGUUAACAA